AUGGCUGUUCAGAUAACGGCCGAUUUCAAAGCUUAUCAGGAACAAAUUACCUCGACGUUAUUGAGCGUAACUAGAAACGCUUCAGCAGUUGCCAAUAAUGACCUGAGCUUCCAUCGUUCCUUGAGCGACAAGGUAUCCCGCUCGCUGGACUCUCAGAAUGCGAACUUCCUACGUCUCACGAAUAAACUAUUAAAGGCUGCUACGAAAGAAAGUAACAUUAAGCCGCCAACUAUUCAGGAUUAUGAUGGAGUGGAUGAUCACUGGAAGGGGAUUGUCGAUGUGAUCGAUGACCUUCUGGAGAAGGUCGAUGCUAACUUGGAUGACUUCAAUGGCGGUAUCACUCAUUCUAUGACUCCUCCUCAACCAGCUACGCCUGAAACGCCACACCCAGGUCCUCGAAUGCCUGCCUAUCGUCCUUCACCCUACAGUAGUACCCCGAAACCACAAGCGAGAUUUCAAAGAAAGGUUGACAACUACGAGGCUGGUCCAUGGAAGCCCUUGCUGAAAUCCAAGCCCAAUUCGAUCAUCGAUCUAGCCGCAAGUCUUGGUUCAGAAGAUACUGGAUACCACAACCCCUACACGCCGGAAAUUCAGCAGUACAAAUAUCCUGCACAACUUUAUGAAGAGGCAGAACCCAUUGAAUUUGAGCCUCCUGAGAAUAGUCAGCCUACCUGGGUAGAUACGGAAGCGGGUGUGCAAGCAAUGCUCCAAGAAUUGAGUGCUGCAAAAGAAAUCGCCAUCGACCUCGAGCAUAACGAUAAGAACUCAUAUGUGGGCCUUGUGUCUCUUAUGCAAAUUAGCACUCGAUCAAAAGACUGGGUUGUUGAUACUCUUCAACCAUGGCGCGAGAAUCUUCAGGUCCUGAAUACCGUCUUCACAAACCCUACGAUUCUUAAGGUCUUUCACGGCUCAACGUCAGAUAUGAUCUGGCUUCAACGUGAUCUAGGUUUGUAUGUUGUUGGCUUGUUUGAUACAUAUCAUGCCGCCUCUGCUCUCAACUAUCCUCAAAGGAGUCUUGCUGCUCUUCUUCGCAAGUUUGCCCACUUUGAAGCUCAGAAACAGUAUCAAUUGGCCGACUGGCGAGUGCGACCACUGCCUCAAGAACUUCUUGACUACGCUCGAGCUGAUACUCAUUACCUUCUCUAUAUCUACGACAAUAUGCGGAACGAGCUUGUUCAAGCGUCCACUCCAGACAACAACCUUGUCGACUAUGUCCUAGAGCACUCAAAGAAAGAAUGUCUUCAGGUAUAUGAGCGUCAUGUUUACGAUCGUGACAAUGGCCUUGGUUCCGAUGGCUGGAUGAAAUUGUUACUAGUUCGGGACACGAAGAAGCUGGACAAGGCACAGUUUGGCAUACUUAGAUCACUCCACGAAUGGCGCGACCAGAAGGCUAGGGAGCUCGAUGAAGGAGCUGUGAGCAUCAUAUCCAACAAUUAUCUGUUCAACUGUGCAUGGGUCAAGCCAGAAACCAGGGCGCAACUUUUUGGCAACAGAGAACUUGGUCGAGCAUCGCCAUAUGUGGAGAGGCACUGUGACGAAAUCAUCGAUGCCAUCAGGCGCGGAAAGCGAGAGGGUUUAGAAGGGCCCAGCAUCGACGAAGUCAUCGAAAGAAACGCUGACAAGCUUUCCACCUACAGACAAUUCAAGCAUACAAACCCGAAAGCUAAGCCACAGGAGGUUCAGCAAAGCGUGGCUGCUACCAUGCAGAAGCUUUUGCGAAAUGGCGAGCUUCGCGAGGCUGUUGGCCCUGAUGUUAGUAAUGAAGCGUUGACUGGUCGGAUCGACUCUUCUUUCUUGUGGGGUGGCACGUCACCAUCAACAGUACUGACAGCUCUUGACUCUAAGGCCGUGAACCAGGCUCUCCGUGCUGUGAUGCCAUUGCAUUAUCUCGUCAACACGAAUCCGGCUUCGAACGCCGCCAUGCCAGCCACAGCAGGCGAGAUACCUGACGCUACCGAAUUACCUCAGACCGAGGCCGGCGUUCGAGUGGUUCAGGAACCUGACAUCGACGUUCCUUUCACUCUUCGAGAUCGAAAUAGGAAGCGAUCCGCGAACGAGCUUGAAACAGAGGAGGAUCAGAUCACUACUAUACCUGCCGACAACUCAGGACAAUUUGCUGUCACAGACGAAGGCAAGGUGAUGAGCAGCAGAGAAGCCAGGAAAGCCUUCAAGCAGGCUCGUAAAGAGGCAGAAGCAUCUCAACCCACCGACUUUCAGCCCUUCGACUAUGCUAAUGCACAGAGCAUGUUGCACCCCGCCCCUCAGCCGGAGCCAUUGAGCACCAACACGAAACCAAAGCCACUUAAUCCAUUCGCCAAAGCACUCGAUACUAGUACAGGCGCCAGACGAAACAGACUGGGCAAGGAACUGCCUGGCAAGAGUCAUACGUUCAAGUCCUGA